AAGAUAUGGAAUUCGGGAAGAGCCAGAGCGGUCAUGGGGUCGGGAGAGUAAUGGUCAUUACAGCGGGAUGAUGGGUCAGCUACAGCGGGAGGAGGCGGACUUCUGUACCAUGGCAUCUAUGACGGCACCUCGCCUCCGCGUGAUGAAACAUGCCAAAGCCUACGACUCAGACAUCCUCACCUUGUUGUCACUCAGGCCUAAGCUACUGCCCGCACACCUCUCACUGAUAAGACCUUUUACAGGAGAAUUGUGGAUAGCACUACUGACGAGCGUAGUGGUGUGGGGCGUCCUUUUGUGGGUACUGCAGGGAGCAUGGAGAUGGUUUGCGAGAGGUCAUGGUGUCACGUUCAACACAGCCCUCCUGUACAGCUGGGGUGCACUGCUGGAGCAGCCGCCCUCCGUCCCUUCCGACAACGAUUCAGGAAAGGUAUUGGUGGGGUGGUGGCUUGUGUUCUGUCUGGUCAUCACAACGGGGUUCCGGUCGUCUCUAAUCGCUCACCUUACUGUACAGGGGAAGUCUUUACCCCUAGAUACCUUUGAGGACAUGGUAGGACGAUCCAACUGGAAAUGGGGUAUCGAAACCUGGAAUUUGAAAGGGGUACCUUACGAUUACUUUACAAAACAUACAGACUCUGUGGUGAAGAAGGUUUAUCAGGAGAUGGAGGUUUUGGACUGGCAAGAGGGACUGUUGAAUGUGCAGGAGGGUGGCUACACUUUCAUCAGCAUGGUGAAGCACCUCACCGUAAUUGUCGCCUCUCAUUACACUGACGCCCGAGGCCAGACACCCUUCUACAUAAGCCAGAGAGGAGUCUAUUCCUUACCAGACUAUGGAUGGGGCUUCAGGAAAGGAGCGCCAUUCUAUACUCGGUUUAGUACACUGAUGGCCAGGCUGGGAGACACUGGAAUUAUGAGCUACUGGAUUGAUGACGUAAUUGCCAGGCACGUCAAGAAGACCAGGGAUGAGGCAUCUGAGGCAGAGAAAGGGGGCCAGCCAAUGACGGAUGACAGCAGAGAGGUGGUGCUCGGCCUGCAUCACCUUCAGGGCAGUUUCUAUCUCUAUUGUUCUGGGCUUCAAUGCGGCUCUGCUCAGCUUGGUGGGGGAGGUCGUUGCCAGCUGUCUCUUCUUGUCAUAGUUAUGUCCCUUUUGCAGAUCUUUAAAACUGGAAG